UUUAAGAUGCGUCCAGAAGAACUGACUAAACGAUUCAAUGAGUUUUCGUUGUGGAUGACGGAAGAAGGAGUGGAACAAAUGAGCUCUUACAGAAAUACAAACUGGGAAGCCCUCAAAACAGAGCUCGGAAAACUUCCCACUCUUCGACAUAGCUGCAAAAAUCAUGUACCUCAGUUAGUCAAAGAGUUCUGCCUUGAAAAACGAAGAUAUGGAGUUAACCCGAUGUAUGUGCACUUCUUAUUUUGCUACUACAAAAAAAAUAUUGAGGACACUCGUGGAAGAUUGGAAGACGAUAAAGAAACUUUAGAAGAAAUUCAAAGAACCCACGACGAACUCAACGUAAAAUUUGAAGAACUCAACAAAGUGAAAACAUUUAUCAAAAAGCAAAAGGAAAGCAAAGGAAACGUUUAUUUACCAAACGAAUAUACAGAAAAGCAUCGUCUUCAAAACACGAUUGACAACUUGAAAGACAAGAUUCAAAUUCUUGUUUCAACAAGAAACGAGCAACUGUGGGACUUUGACAAUAUUCCUGAUGGAUUCCAGCCAAUGCUGGAACUGCACCAUUUAAAAAAAGACCAAGUUGUCUAUUUUGUGGAGAAAUAUCUUCAAAGAUACACUCUUGGCAAUAAACACAAAGAAAUUCAACUGAUUGUUGGAAAAGGCUCGCACUCGAUUGACAAUGAUUCUGCAAUUCAGAGAAAAAUCCGGAGAAACUAUGCUGAAAAUGUGCGCUCACACCCUAAGAACUACGGUAUUCUUCUGUUGAAAGUUCCUUGAAAGUAAUCGAUUUGAAGUAAUCGAUCAAAAAUGUGUUAGCUUUAUCAAAAACAACAUUUGAAUUCGUAUAACAACAAAACACAUUUACUUAUUAUUACUAAGAACAUUUUUGCAUUUUCGUCGAAAAAAAAUUCCAAAAAAAAAUUAAAAUUCUAAAACUGACAGCCCUGAUUUGUUGAUCAUAUUGUUGUUAUUUUGUUUUUAUAAUUCGCCACUUUGAUUUUGCGUUUUCCACUUUUCAAGGCAUCCUGAAGGGUCGACCCAUCGACCCAUCGUAAAAAACCUAUGAGGCGAUAGGCGGGGCGAGGCGUAACUACGUCGCCUAUGUGGAUGCUUGGCUCAAAUAUCGAAAAAGGUUAUGUCUCCUUUAUUUUUUUAUUGAGAAUUGAGUCGUCCAGAGAAUAUUUCGUUUUUUUCUAAUUUUAUUGAAUGAAAAAUUGGUGUUUUUUUCUGACCCCCGUCCCUUCCGAUUUUCUAUUCUUAUAUUUAUAUUGUUUCUCGCUUUACUGUGAUAUAUAUGCUCAAUCGUUACUCAAUAAAUGUUUUCAUUGCAA